CGGAACCUCAAAUACCCGUCAUAGCUGUUUAAUUAAAACGUCACAGGAAGUAAAUUAAUCAAACUGUGCUGGGGUAGUCUGGUCAGCUGUCAAAGUGAAACUCUUUGUUUAAGGGCUGACAGAAUGGAACCGUCCGAAAAAGACCUUCAACAUCAUGCUGCUAUGGUAUUUGAGCUUGCGGAAUGUUUUUCACCAACACAACAGGAAUGGAAGUCCAUUAUCAGCAAAUGCCUUACAAUGAAAUACAUCAGUGUAAGGGAAAAGGGCGACAUUACAAGCAUGGAGGAUCUCUGCGAAUGUUUAAUGAAAAAAGAAAAAAUUUACUACGGCGAUUACAAGCGCUUGAGAGAAAUUAUAGGAAAUCAUGGGGAAGCCAAGAGAAUAAUUGACAAGUUCACGAAACUGAUCCGAGGUGAAAAGGACGGUUGUGAAAACUACGAUCCUGGAAGUGACGAAGAUGAACCGUCCAAUACACCCAAACGACCCAAAGCUGAAGAGGAUGAUUCACAUCAGUUCAGAAAAAAGACGGACAAUACCCAUGAUGCACGGAUCAUUGAUGUAUGGGCACGUGCGAGGCAAUCUGUCGGGCUUAUAAAAGGACCUGUAUCUGGAGGUACCGGAUUUAGAGUAGGCACGUUUUACAUAAUGACUGCUUACCAUGUAGCGGCAGAUAUAACAAAGCAACACAAAUCUGAUAAAGAGAAUUGGGCUUAUCUAGGUGACAAAAAUGUGUGGAUCGAGUUCAAAUUCCCGGAAAAAUAUGUUGGUAAAAAGUUUCACUUUGAACCAGAACUGAUAACAGGAUCCAAGGAGCUUGACUACGCAAUUUUAGAACUUAACCAAGCACAUACUGAUGAGUCUGAUCUAGAAAUCCCUGAACCAAUCAGAAAGUUUCAGAAAAUUCACUACGAAGAAUUAUUUGCUAUGUUGGGUUUCCCUCAAGCAAAUAAUGGAAUCAUGCAAUUUGAUUCCGACAUUAUGCUUUUUGACCUGGCUGUUAAUAGUGAUAGACGAAACCUUAUGAUAGAGAACGGCGAAGCAAAGCCUGAGUAUACAGGAAUCUGCGAUGAAGAGAAAGUCCUGUUUGACUGCUGGGUCCAGUGGGGAGCAUCCGGGUCUCCGGGAAUUGUGAUGGGAAAUGACGGAAAAGAACCUGUCUGCACAUUGAUGUUAUUGCGUGGAUAUCCGAAUGAAAUCUCUUCCGGAGCUAGGGUCCCACGGGAAGAAAUGAUCGAACAAGGUAUCAAAAUGGAGACCAUCGCUGAUGAGCUUAGUCGUAAUGGGGAAAGUGGCCAAGAUCUGAAAAAGGAUAUAUUUGGCGAUUGUUUUUCGUAAGACUGAAAAACUGAUGCGGAUGUUUAAGUAUUAUUACAGCAUUCCGAUUUUCAAAAACACUCCAAGGAAAAUUUUGCAGCAUUCCAACAAGAGACUAGUCGAUCCUAUUUGUAUCAACAGGAACCAACAAUUUAGUGAUUUACAUCUUAGUAAAUUCACUGACAUUUAUUGUGUAAAUAAUUUCUGGCCUUCAUCUUUAAAUCAUACAUGUAUUGAUGGAUUGCUUACAGAAAAAAAAAUAUGGUUGAUUGACAUAACUGAUAAUUCCAACAUAAUACUUACUCAAAAUCAAAUACACAAAAUGUAACACACUGACAUGCAUGGUGACCCGACUCCUCCGAGCCUCAACCAGGGCAGCUACAGUAAUUAUAGGCUAACAGGCCGUAGGGUGGGGUUUUAUUUUAUUUUAUUUUACAAUCAGGCCAGGGUCGAUGUGUUUGAAUUGUCCGGAAAUUUUAUGAGGGGAUUUCUGCCGAGAGCAGGAGAUGACUGACAGAAAUUGUUUCCUAUAGAAAAUAAAUGAGCAACUGCCGUUCCAAAAUCACCAGUCGUUUGUCAUAUUAGACAGGUUGCCGCUAUACAGAGGGUCGUUAUAUA